CACUCACUUGGCAUCCGUCCGGAUCGUCGCCUUUUUUCGUUAAGAUUUCUCCUUUUUCUUCUUUCUCCGAGUCUGUAUUGUUGUUUGACUUUGCGGGUGUUUCUCUCGCCAUCGCCCCCUUUAAUCGCAGCAUCGCGCAUUCCUCAACCUAUCUCGAGACAAUCAAUGCAAAAUGGCGGACGAUAAGAAGAACGAUAAUUAUGCCAUCGAUAUGGACAAGUUGGAUGCCAAUAAUAAACGAUUCGAUGCUCCGCCGCCUUCGCAACCCCGACUCCCUUCAUCACGCUCAUACACAUACAGCUCCGCUCUCCCCGUAUUUUGCUACUGCUGUUCUUCGAUUUUGAUGACUGUUGCAAAUAAAUAUGUUCUGUCAGGGACUUCAUUUAACUUGAACUUUCUCCUUCUGUGUGUCCAGUCCCUUGUUUGCGUUGCUGCAAUUCAAACGUGCAAAUCCUUGAAGAUUAUCACCUAUCGGGAUUUUAAUAUAGAUGAGGCAAAGAAAUGGUUCCCAAUUUCUCUCCUCCUCAUCGGCAUGAUAUAUACGGGCACCAAGGCCUUGCAGUUCCUUUCCAUCCCCGUAUAUACCAUAUUCAAAAACUUAACUAUUAUCCUCAUUGCGUAUGGCGAAGUGCUGUGGUUUGGAGGCUCGGUCACUGGCAUGGUGCUUUUCUCGUUUGGCUUGAUGGUUCUGAGUUCCAUCAUUGCGGCGUGGGCAGACAUAAACCAUGCGCUUUCACAAGUAGGCAUGGAUGCCACAAGCAAAAUUUCAACACUCAACACUGGAUAUGUCUGGAUGUUGAUCAACUGCCUUUGCACCGCAUCCUACGUUCUUGGUAUGCGCAAGAGAAUCAAGUUGACUAACUUCAAGGACUUUGACACCAUGUUCUACAACAAUCUUCUCUCCAUCCCCAUUAUUUUGGUCGCCUCUCUUGUCGUGGAAGACUGGUCAUCAGAAAACAUCAACUUAAACUUCCCUCCAGAGACUCGCAGCCGCAUUAUCAUGGCAAUGGUCUUCUCAGGCUUGUCCUCCGUCUUUAUCUCGUAUACCUCAGCAUGGUGUGUGCGAGUAACCUCAUCUACCACUUAUUCCAUGGUGGGAGCACUGAACAAACUUCCCAUUGCCUUGUCCGGCCUCAUCUUCUUCGACGCCCCCGUAACCUUCCCCAGCGUCUCUGCGAUCUUCGUUGGCUUUGUCAGUGGUCUGGUAUAUGCGAUGGCAAAGGUUAGGCAGAAUUCGAAACCUAGAAUUGGCGUUCUUCCCACGUCCAAUCCACCGAUGAGCGCAAGCAGCCAAAGCAUGAGAGACGGGCUUAAGUCCUAAGAAUUCGGAUCCUGUCUCUAUCAUUCCACCCACUUACCCCCAAAGUCAACGGCAAAAAUUAGAGCCUUUUAGCAGUCAGCUGUCUCCAAAAAAAAUCAAAAGAAUGGUGUUAUAAACGGAGGAGGAAAUCCGGUCCGUAUGUAACCCUGCAAACACUUCCAGUUUCGCCUGCAGUAUUUCUUGUAUGGCACCACUUCCUACAUAUAUAUUUCUUAUAUAUCGCUUACGCCACAAACACACGCGAUACGUCCUCUGCUCCUGGCUGGCCUGCUCGCGAUCCAAUUCUCUGGAUUUAUUUUGCUGGGUGGAACUUUUCUAUUAUUUACUUCAUCGACACCUAUCAUCUUGUUACAUUAGUUCCACUUCCCUACUCUCGAGCUUUGAGUUGAUCUAAGAUUCCGAAAGGUAACCAACAAUAUAGGAUUUGUUGCCCUUUUGCUUUUUCAUCCUUCUAUUUUUAUUUCCGUUUUAACCGCUGUCCUCGUGCGUGGUUAGUAAUGUUUUAAUUCCGUUUGUCUAUAUUUUAUAAUGAGCCUUCGUGAUCCCUUUUUAUCCUAUUUACCUGUUUCCACCUCCCAUGUCUUCCCGCAUUCUAAUCUUCAUCCCUCAAGUUUUAAACCAAUUUCCAAAAGUUUCUGUGUCAAAGUCUAUUUCUUUGAGGCGCGUGGGAUAAAGAUUUUGAACAAUGCUGGUAUUCUGUAUGCCCUAUUUCCUCCUGAUAUAUGUUGGGACUAUGCUUUUUUUCCAUUACUUCGUUGACGCUUUCAAGUGUACAUAUAUACCUAAGGUGAUAGAGAGAAUGCUGUCUGGUUUCCCC